AUGUACGUUUGCUGCUCUACAGUAACUUUGGAACAGGAUCUCAACAAAAAAAUGCAUAUUUGGAUGCUGCAGACAAUUGCAUUUGCUUUAACAUCACUAGUCCUUUCAUGGGCAGAAAGCAUCGAGUAUUAUGGGGAAAUCUGUGAUAAUGCAUGUCCUUGUGAGGAGAAGGACAGCAUCUUAACAGUGAGCUGUGAAAACAGAGGGAUCAUCAGCCUUUUUGAGAUCAGUCCACCAAGGUUUCCUGUUUACCAUCUUUUGUUGUCUGGGAACCUUCUGAACAGGCUGUACCCAAACCAGUUUGUCAAUUACACAGGGGCUUCAAUUUUGCAUCUGGGAAGCAAUGACAUACAAGACAUCGAAACAGGGGCCUUUCAUGGUCUGAAAGGCUUAAGGAGGCUACAUCUGAACAAUAACAAGCUGGAACUUUUACGAGAUGACACUUUUCUUGGGCUAGAGAGUUUGGAAUACCUACAGGUCGAUUAUAAUUAUAUUAGCAUCAUUGAACCCAAUGCUUUCAGCAAACUGCAUCUGCUGCAGGUGCUGAUCCUCAAUGAUAAUCUCCUCUCCAGUUUGCCCAAUAACCUUUUCCGUUUUGUGCCCUUAACUCACCUGGACCUAAGAGGUAACCGGCUGAAGCUACUGCCCUAUGUGGGCCUUUUGCAGCACAUGGAUAAAGUGGUGGAGCUGCAGCUGGAGGAAAAUCCCUGGAAUUGCUCCUGUGAGUUGAUUGCUCUGAAGGAUUGGCUGGAUAGUAUCUCCUACUCUGCUCUGGUGGGAGAUGUGGUUUGUGAGACACCUUUCCGCUUACAUGGUCGAGAUUUGGAUGAAGUCUCCAAGCAGGAGCUUUGCCCCAGGAGGCUUAUCUCGGAUUAUGAAAUGAGACCACAGACACCAUUAAGCACUACUGGAUAUUUCCACACUACCCCAGCUUCAGUCAACUCUGUGGCUACUUCUUCUUCAGCUGUUUACAAAUCCCCCUUAAAGCCUCCCAAAGGGACCCGCCAACCUAACAAGGCACGGGUGCGCCCAACCUCCCGCCUUCCCUCAAAAGACCUGGGAUACAGCAACUAUGGCCCCAGCAUUGCCUACCAGACCAAAUCCCCGGUGCCUUUGGAGUGCCCCACUGCUUGCACUUGCAACUUGCAGAUUUCUGACCUAGGCCUCAAUGUCAAUUGUCAGGAGAGGAAGAUUGAGAGCAUUUCUGAACUGCAGCCCAAACCUUAUAAUCCUAAGAAGAUGUAUCUGACAGAAAACUACAUUGCCCUGGUACGAAGGGCAGAUUUUGUGGAUGCUACUGGGCUGGAUUUGCUGCACCUGGGCAAUAAUCGGAUCUCAGUCAUUCAGGACCGGGCUUUUGGGGAUUUAACUAAUUUGCGAAGACUGUACCUGAAUGGGAACCGGAUUGAGAGGCUGAGCCCAGAGCUGUUCUAUGGGCUGCAAAGCCUGCAGUACCUCUUCCUGCAGUACAAUGUCAUCCGGGAGAUAGAGGCAGGCACCUUUGAACCUGUCCCCAACCUUCAGCUCUUGUUUUUGAACAACAAUCUGCUGAGGUCUUUGCCAGGGAACAUAUUUUCUGGUCUGUCUCUCUACAGGCUGAGCCUGAGGAGCAACCACUUCUCCUACCUGCCAGUGAGCGGGGUGCUGGACCAGCUGAAAUCCCUGCUGCAGAUCGACCUCCACGAGAACCCCUGGGACUGCACUUGCGACGUGGUGGGAAUGAAGCUGUGGCUGGAGCAGCUCAACACCGGCGUCCUGGUGGACCAGGUUAUCUGCGAAUCCCCUAAGAAGUUUGCCCAGAACGACAUGCGGACCGUCCGGGCGGAGCUGCUGUGCCCGGAUUACUCGGACAUCGUCGUCUCCACUCCCACGCCGUCCUCGGGACAGCUGCCGGCCCGGACCACCCCCUCCUCCUCCACCGUGCGCCUCAACGGCACGGCGGCGGCGGGUGGCACCGGCGGCUCCGGCGGCAGCUCCUCGGUGCCGCUCUCGGUGCUCAUCCUCAGCCUGCUGCUGGUCUUCAUCAUGUCGGUCUUCGUGGCGGCGGGGCUUUUCGUCCUGGUGAUGAAGCGGCGCAAGAAGGGCCAGGGUGACCACGCCAGCGCCAACAACUCUGACGUGAGCUCCUUCAACAUGCAGUACAGCGUCUACAGCGGAGGUCAUCACCCCCACCACCAUCACCCCCACCUCCAGCAGCACCCGCCCCCCCGCGGGAGUGGCGGGGGGGGAGUUGGCGGCGGGGGUGCUGCGCUGCCCAAAGUGAAGACCCCCGCCGGCCACGUCUACGAGUACAUCCCGCACCCCCUGGGCCACAUGUGCAAAAACCCCAUCUACCGCUCCCGGGAGGGCAACGCGGGCGAGGAUUACAAAGACCUCCACGAGCUGAAGGUCACCUAUAGCAGCCACCCCCUGCAGCCCGGGGGAGGCGGCGCGCCGCCACCCCCACCCCCACCGCCGCCGGCGGCUCCCGGCGGGGAGGAUGCGCCGGUGCGCAGCCCCGCGUACAGCGUGAGCACCAUUGAGCCGCGGGACGAGCUGCUCUCCCCGGUGCAAGACGCCGACCGCUUUUACAGGGGCAUUUUGGAGCCCGACAAACACUCCUCCUCCUCCACGCUGGGCACCCCCGGCUCCACCCUCCCCGAUUACCCCAAGCUCCCCGCCGCCUACACCUACUCCCCCAACUAUGACCUUAGGCGUGCCCACCAGUACUUGCACCCGGGCCCGGGGGACGGCAGGCUCCGGGAGACGGUGCUCUACAGCCCUCCGAGUACUGUCUUUGUAGAGCCCAACAGGAACGAGUACCUGGAGCUAAAAGCAAAACUAAACGCAGAGCCGGACUACCUCGAAGUGCUGGAAAAACAGACCACAUUCAGCCAGUUCUGA